CCGGCCGGCGGACAGCAGCUUAGGGGCGCGGUCGCGGGCCCGGCCCAGCAGUCGGAGCUGGGUUUGACGAGAAAACCGUGCUGCAGGAGCGGGUGGGUUGGCAGCGUCGGGCCGUAUUCCUUGCUCACUUCCCCCCCUCCUCCUCCUCCCUCUCCCUCCCUUUCUCCUCCUCCCUCUCUGUCUCCUCCUCCCUCUCUGUCUCCUCCUUCUCCGCCGCCUGACGUUGGCGAGCACCGAGCUGGUCGGACAGCCGAGACAUGGUGGCGGGCAAAGGGCGGGCGUCGCGCCAGCGGGAUUAAGACACUUUCAUCGCCCCGCCGGCCGAGUCGGGCGAAGGUUGCCCCCGCAUCCACCAUCCCCCCGUCCCCGGUGAACGCCAUGCAGGAGGAGGAGGAGGCGAUGACGACCAUGGAGAAGGAGCAUUUUCUGCGCACUGAGGUCGAAAGGCUGAACCGGGAGCUCAGCGAGACGACUCAGGAGAAAAUUCAGGCGGCCGAGUACGGGCUGGUGGUGCUGGAGGAGAAGCAGACGCUGAAGCAACAGUACGACGAGCUGGAGAGCGAGUACGAGACGGUCAAACAGGAAUUGGAGCAGCUCCGAGAGGCUUUUGGUCAAGCUUAUAGUAACCACAAAAAGGUGGCAGCUGACGGAGAGAGUCGUGAGGAGUCAUUGAUUCAGGAGUCUGCUUCCAAAGAAGCAUAUUAUGUGGGGAAGAUUCUGGAGCUACAAACAGAACUGAAACAGAUGAAAAACGUGCUUGCCAAUGCCCAGUCUGAAAAUGACCAUCUAGCUUCUGUUACACAACAGCUAAAAGAGAACAGCCAGGUUGUGGAAUUGCAAAGAAAUCGCCUGCGUGAUGAUAUUAAAGAAUAUAAAUUUCGUGAAGCAAGACUUCUGCAAGAUUACUCUGAACUCGAAGAGGAAAACAUCUCUCUUCAGAAACAGGUCUCAGUCCUUAAACAAAAUCAGGUUGAAUUUGAAAGUCUCAAGCAUGAGAUUAAAAGGCUUGAAGAAGACACAGAAUUCCUUAACAGUCAGUUGGAAGAUGCUAUCAGACUAAAAGAAAUAGCAGAACGUCAACUUGAGGAAUCCUUGGAGACGUUGAAAAAUGAGCGUGAGCAGAAGAAUAAUAUGCGCAAAGAAUUAUCUCACUAUAUGAACAUCAGUGAUUCAAUGUACACCAGCCAACUGAAUAUCUCUCUGGAUGGAUUGAAGUUUAGUGAUGAUGGUAAUGAACCAAACAAUGAUGAACUAGUUAAUGGUUUUGAAAACAGCCUAACCAAAAUGAAUGGUGACAAUAAGCUAUCCACUCCUAAGAAAAAUGAUAAUUUCAAGCCAGCACCAAGCUUGGUGUCUGAUUUGCUAAGUGAGCUGAAUAUAUCUGAAAUGCAAAAACUGAAACAACAGCUGAUGCAGGUGGAAAGGGAUAAGACCACAUUACUUGCUACUCUCCAAGAGUCACAAAAGCAGCUAGAACAUACAAGAGGUGCCUUGUCAGAACAGCAUGAAAAGGUUAACCGACUCACUGAGCAUGUCAGUGCCAUGAAAAAGCUCCAGGCUAGCAAAGAGCGGCAGACUGCACUUGAUAAUGAAAAAGAGCGAGACAGUCACGAAGAUGGAGAUUACUAUGAGGUAGACAUCAAUGGACCUGAGAUUUUGGAGUGCAAAUACAAGGUAGCUGUAGCUGAUGUAAAUGAACUUAAAGAAGAACUUAAAAACCUGAAGGCUAAAUACACUGAUAAUGAGAAUAAAUAUGAGAAAGAGAAGACCAGGAAUGAAAAUGAAAUCCAAGUCUUGACAGAGAAACUUGAAAUACUAGAAAAAACAAAUAAACAAGAGCAGGACCAGAUAAUCUGCCUAGAAAAGGAAUUGAAGAAAGUAAGUGAGGUAGCUGAAGGAACUCAAGGUAGUUUGACUAUUGCUCAGGAUGAACUGGUCACCUUUAGUGAAGAAUUAGCAAACCUGUACAACCAUGUUUGUAUCUGCAACAAUGAGACACCCAAUCGAGUGAUACUAGAUUACUUUAAAGAAGGCAAAGGUGUUCGCAGUAGUCCAGAAGGUAAAGAAAGGAGAUCUCCAGUUCUACUUACCAAGGGCCUUUUCCCAGGAGAGAUGGGAAAGAUUGAAAAUGGCAGUGGAGAUGUUGUACCAACUCCUGCUUCACCUUUGCCCUCGCCUGUUUCCUAUGCCAGUGAUCCACGCAAAGAACCAAUGAAUAUUUACAACCUGAUUGCUGUCAUUCGAGACCAAAUCAAGCAUCUGCAGAAAGCAGUUGAUAGAUCAACAGAACUAUCCAAACAACGUGCUGCAUCGCAUGAACUGGGGGCAAUGGCAGACAAAGACAAAGAAGUUUUUAUGGAUGAGAUCUUGAAACUGAAGUCCUUGUUGAGUACCAAGAGAGAACAAAUAGCAACACUGAGAACUGUGCUCAAAGCAAACAAGCAGACUGCUGAAGUGGCCCUUUCAAAUUUGAAGAGUAAAUAUGAAAUUGAGAAAGCUAUGGUUACUGAGACGAUACUGAAACUACGUAAUGAGCUGAAAGCUUUAAAAGAGGAUGCUGCUACCUUUUCAUCUCUGAGAGCUAUGUUUGCAACAAGAUGCGAUGAAUAUGUGAAUCAGCUUGAUGAAAUGCAGCGUCAACUUGCUGCUGCUGAGGAUGAGAAGAAGACCCUGAAUUCUCUUCUCCGCAUGGCCAUUCAGCAGAAACUGGCACUGACACAGCGGCUGGAGGACUUGGAGUUCGAUCAUGAACAGUCCAAGCGUGGCCGAACCAAAUCGUGGACCAAAACUAGAGCUAACAAUCCCAGUCGAUAAAAAUAGUCCCUGGAGAAGGACUUUCUGACCAAGAGUGCAGUGUAUUUAAAAAUUGUUUCUGUAGUCUGUUGCACAAAAUGCUAUUGAAACACAAUAAUAAUGGCAGUUAAUUUGCUGCAUUUUUGUAUUAAAAUUGCAAAUAUGAACAAAAGCAUUAUUAAAAUUGCUGCUGGAGGAAGAGAAACUCACAAGUGUUGAAGAAAGCUUCAAUGAUUUGAUUAACCUAAGGCUUUAUAGAAUAUUACACAAUUUUGAGACGGUGUUAUGGUAUUAUGUUUUGUUGCAAUUAUUCAGUGUUUUUAAUCAGAUGUUAUACCUGUGCACUUUUGAUAUAUAUUUCUUUUUAUUCUUAGAAUGGCAGAAAAUGCUGUGAUUUGUGGAUAAAACUCCUGCCGGUAGUGUCAUUUUUUUGAUGUGAUAGAUUUCUGCAUCAGCAUGUUGCAGAAAAGUUGAUAUUAUUUUUAACCUGUGAUCAAAUUAAAUUUUACACUACCGGGAUUUGUGCUUCAGCAUUUUCUCCAUUAAAGUUUGUUUUGUUUUUACUGAUGUUAACUGCCAUGUUCUAAAAUCCAGGGGUUUUCUGGGGUUUUCAUGGAUAUUAUUCUUAGGAAUAGUUCAAUGUAACAAGGAAAAAACUUGACUUGCUCUGGUAAUGGUAAUGGGAAACUUAUAAAGUAAUAUUACCAGCUAAUGCCAGAUUUUUGGGUUUAUUAAAACAAAAUCAAGUAUCAUUGAUAUAACGGAAUUUUCUACAAAUGCGCCAAAUAAAUUCCAAAUUGGAAUUGUUUCAUUAUUUCUCAUUUUGUUUAUUGUGCCAAACUUGGUACGUCUAGAGGUAAUAUCUAAGGUUAUUUGUUGUGGGGUGUUCUGUUUCCAUGCCUUGUUUUUGUUAAUUCUGCCAGUAGUGCCUUUGAUAAUUUCACGAGUGCUUGUUCCUACAAUAAUGUUUUUGCAAAGUAUUCAAAUUUCAAAAAGAAAGCAUAAAGCAAUAAGUGCAACUGAGAACCCCUCCCUUUUGCACAGAAUUUCCACUGUAGUCUUAAUUUUAUAAAUUGUAUGAAAUUCUUUUUUGUCAGUGAUACUUAUGAAAUGCAAAUUCAGGGGAUACUUAUUUUGGGAACCAAAUCUAAUGACUUUGGACUCCUAACGAACAAUUUGAAUUGUAUUAACAUAUUUGUGAUUGCAGUACAGAAGACUGUAUCAUGUAUCUUAGCUUUGUUUGGUGAUGGUCGCAAGUAACUGGUAUUGUUGGCAGAAAACAUUAAGACAUAACUUUCUUUACCAGCCGUGUAAUCAUUGUGUAAGUUCAGCAAACAGAAAAUAGAUGCUGCAUCAACAAACCAAGCCACUUGAUUAAAAUGGUGAUGUUUGUUGAGGCCAGGUUUUGACAAAUCAGGUCAAAUUUAAAAGUAAGAUUAAAUUAAGUGCAAUUUAAAUGAUGAAUUUUAGCAUUAUUAUGGAAGAUAUUUUCUGUUCGCUGGAAGAAUGGUUUUUACCUGUUUUACAGUAUUGGUAUGCUCAGUUACAUUAAAAUAUGUACUUCAAGUGGGUAUUUAUUUGAAGCAGUGUCACAGUACUGUAUUCUUUUUAAUGUGCAUUAUCAUUUAGUGGCAGGUUGGCCUAAACAUAAUGUUAUAUGCAUGUGUGCCAGCCUAGAGACCUUUACACAGUUUUUUUUAUAUAAUUGAACUGAAGAUUUAAAAAUAAGUGUGAAACUGAAUGCGUCAUAAACUUUGAAAUAUUUGACAUUGGACUAGCAAACGUAAAACCUGGAAAAGGUUUAUUGUACAAGGUUAGUAUCUGUGUAAAGGUAAUCCUAUUGGCUAU